GUUUAAAAUACCUAUCUCAUCUUCUCUUUUUCAACGUGUAUACCCUCUCCAACGAAGCAAAUCAGAAGAAGAAGUGAGCAAAUUAAGAGUCAUGGACGUUGAGAGAGACCAAAUCGUAUCCACAGGACCAAUCCCUAUCGUCGAUCUAAGCCAAACCAACGAGGAGCUAAUGGCACGUGCCGUGGUGAAGGCGAGCCAAGAGUGGGGAGUUUUUCAGGUAGUGAAUCACGAGAUCCCGGAGGAACUUUUACGGAGGCUACAGAAGGUUGGGAGACAAUUCUUUGAGCUUCCAGAGAAAGAGAAAGAAGCCGUCGCGAAGCCAGCAAACUCCAAAGAUAUCCAAGGAUACGCGACAAAUAGCCACAAAGAAGAUACACAAGAUGGAGCCGAUCGAUCCGACCAUCUCUUCCACAAUAUAUCGCCACCUUCCUGGAUCGAUUACAGAUACUGGCCCAAAAAUCCUCCACAUUACAGGGAGGUGAAUGAGGAGUACGCAAGGCACGUGAAAAAGCUAGUGGAGAAGAUCUUAGGUUGGUUAUCUGAGGGAUUAGGGUUAGAUCGUGAGGCCUUGAUCAAAGAAGGUUUUGGAGGUGGCGAUACAGCGGUUUAUACGAUGAAGAUAAACCAUUAUCCACCAUGUCCAAAACCAGGUUUAGUCCUAGGACUACAACCUCACACUGAUAUCCACGGUUUGACAAUUCUUGUCCCAAAUGAGAUUCCAGGACUUCAGGUCUUCAAGGACGACCAAUGGUUCGACGUCGAAUAUAAACCUUACGCCAUCGUGUUCCUUAUCGGCGAUCCCAUCUUGAGAAUGAGCAACGGAAAGUACAAGAACGUGUUGCAUAGAACGACCAUGGACAAGGAGAAGACGAGGAUGUCUUGGGCUGUUCUCUUGAAGCCUACUUAUGAUAAAGUCAUUAGACCUUUGACAAAACUCGACGACGAGGCUCCCAAGUUUAAGCCCAUCACCUACGGGGACCACGUAUACCGCAAGGUCAAUAACCUUCCUCUCGACUAAGUCAGAAUCCUGGAGGUUAUUGUGCCUUGUAUAGUUGUAUUAUCUGUUCUUUUCAUACUAUAAAUUUGGAUU